AUGCUGGGGGAACAUGCGUAUGGGGUGGCUGCUUCAGUCUCUGCCACGACCGAAACCAGUUUGUCUGCAAUACUUGGAAGUCGACGAUCUAGCCACUACUUCCCCUCUUUUAAAGCUGCAGAGACGGUUGGAAUCUCAGGGCGGGCUUUGGGGAAGAUUACGUCGAGUUUCAUGGUCAUCACGUCUGAUGAACAGAGGACCAAUGUCAGCCUGAGCCUCUAA